AUGGCUGGAGCUUCUGACAAAAAGCAGGCCGCGGCCAACUCGUCUAUCUUGAAGCAGCUGCACCUGGCCUCGGUUGUGGUGAACAUGGUGGCUUUACUGGCGCUUUUUCUUUUGCACAGGCCCGCAGCGAAAAAGUACUAUUUUAUAUUCAGUCUCCCAGGCUUGGGGUGUCAAUAUGUGCUCGAAAAGGUGGGCAGGCCCAAAUACCACAUCAAUCCGCAGGGCUACAGCGUUUUAUCUUCUGCUGGACAGGAUCUACAACAACAGGGUCUGACAGAGUACAUGAUCGACAUUGUUUAUUUGACAUUGAUAAUUGACGUUUUGAUGAUACUUUUCGGUUCCAACAAGGCCUGGCUGCUUCUGCUGGCUGUGCCUGCCUACGCUGGAUACAAAUUGAAGGGUUUCAUUUCGCCGUUCUUUGCUCGCAGACAGAAAGAGGAGCAAAUAGAAACAGAGCCCGUGAAAAGCAAGCGGCAGCAAAAGCUGGAAAACAGGAAGAACAAGGUUAGAUACAGGUGA